CGCAAAUGCACAGCCUGGUUUUGCAUCAUAAGUUCCUUCGCAUUGGUCUUGGGUUCCAUGGUUCCGAUAUUCUCUGCAGGGAUAUAUCGCUGCUCGGUAAUCCGCUCACCCUCCCGGCAUAUUCUCUUCCCCUCGACGCCGUUAUCUGCCGUUUCUGCUGCAACCGGUGCCCUUCAAGUCCCACCUGUCGGCAGGCUCGCAUCCAAAGACAGUCUUAGUGGCGCAGAAGAGACGUGUAAGGGAUAAGCAGUCUAGGCCUAGGUGAGCGGUUUUGGGCUUGACGAGUAUUGUUGUGGGUCAAGGGACUCCCACCGUCUCAGGUGACAUAGCCACCUACGGAUCUGGAAGUGGGAGCAAAAUUUUUGACUUUCGCGAUCUUCCACAGAGGAUGCGG